GGACGAUAUGGAGUCUCUCGGCUACGUAUUAAUGUAUUUCAAUCGCGGAACACUUCCUUGGCAAGGUCUUAAAGCAGCAACCAAAAAACAGAAAUAUGAAAAAAUUAGUGAAAAGAAAAUGUCAACGUCUGUGGAGAUGUUGUGCAAAGGUUUCCCUGCAGAGUUCCCCAUGUAUCUGAAUUAUACACGUGGACUUCGUUUUGAUGAAGCACCAGAUUAUAUGUAUCUUCGUCAGCUCUUCAGAAUCCUGUUCCGUACACUGAACCAU